UCCUGCCGCAGAGCGCCAGGCGCAUGGAGGGGGCCGUCGAGGAGUCCGGGCCCCGAGGAGCCCCCGAGAGCCCGGGGCCGCGCUGCCCGCUGCUGUCUGGCUUCCGCGAGGAGCUGCGAGCGCUGCUGGUUCUGGCGGGCCCCGCGUUCUUGGCCCAGUUGAUGGUGUUUCUGAUCAGUUUCGUAAGCUCUGUGUUCUGUGGCCACCUGGGGAAGCUGGAGCUGGACUCUGUCACCCUUGCGAUUGCGAUUAUCAAUGUCACUGGUGUCUCGGUGGGCUUCGGCUUAUCUUCUGCUUGUGACACCCUCAUGUCCCAGACGUACGGGAGCCAGAACUUGAAGCAUGUGGGGGUCAUCCUGCAGAGGGGCAUACUGGUGCUGCUCCUCUGCUGUUUCCCCUGCUGGGCGCUCUUCCUCAACACCGAGACUAUCCUGCUGCUCUUCAGGCAGGACCCGGCCGUGUCCAAGCUUACCCAGGAUUAUGUCAUGGUCUUCAUUCCAGCUCUUCCCGCAACUUUUCUUUAUGCAUUACAAGCUAAAUAUUUGCUCAACCAGGGAAUUGUCCUGCCCCAGAUCCUAACCGGAGUAGCAGCCAACCUUGUCAAUGCCGUCAUCAACUAUCUGUUUAUUUAUCAGCUGUAUCUUGGGGUGAUGGGGUCAGCGCUGGCAAAUAUGAUUUCCCAGUUCACCCUGGCACUGGUCCUCUUCCAUUACAUCAUUUCGGGGAAACUGCAUGAAGCUACGUGGGGAGGGUGGUCCCUUGAGUGUCUACAGGACUGGGCCUCCUUUUUCAACCUGGCCAUCCCCAGCAUGCUCAUGCUGUGCAUGGAGUGGUGGGCCUACGAGAUUGGGAGCUUACUGAGUGGUAUCCUCGGCAUGGUGGAGCUGGGAGCCCAGUCUGUCGUGUAUGAACUGACUGUCAUUUUAUACAUGAUACCUUCAGGUUUCAGCAUGGCCGCCAGCGUCCGAGUAGGGAAUGCAUUGGGUGCUGGAAACAUCGAGCAGGCCAAGAAGUCCUCAGCUGUCGCCCUGCUGGUCACAGGAUUCUUUGCUGUAACCUUUUGUGUCGUGAUGUUAGGCUGUAAGGAUCUCGUGGGGUUCAUUUUCACUACCGACCGAGAAAUCAUUGUUCUAGUGGCUCAGGUGAUUCCAAUCUCUGCUGUUUCCCAUCUGUUUGAAAGUCUUGCUUGCACAAGUGGUGGCAUUCUGCGGGGAACUGGCAACCAGAAGGUUGGGGCCAUUGUCAAUGCCAUUGGGUAUUAUGUGAUUGGUCUCCCUGUUGGGAUUUCGCUGAUGUUUGCAACCAAACUGGGAGUGAUUGGUCUGUGGUCAGGGAUCAUCAUCUGUGCGAUCACACAGUCUCUGUGUUUUCUAGGCUUUAUUCUUCGGCUAAAUUGGAAAAAAGCCUGCGAAGAGGCCCAGGUACAUGCCAAUCUGAGACUAAAUACCACCCAGGAUGGGACUUCUGCUGCCUGUCAGGACCCAGUGGGCCCUGAGAACCGUGGAGGUAUUUCAAUGCAAGAUGUUCGAAGAAAAGUCAGGGCUCCGGUGGGCCAGCAGGUGUGCCAGCCAACGCACCAGCCGAUGCACGGAGAAGAACAUCUUUGCGUCCAGCCCACAGGCACCGCUACCUUGACUGGGAGUCAGUUGUUGCUGCGGCGUGGGCUCCUGCUCGUGGGCGUCUUUUCAGUCUUGCUCAUGGGGAUUUUAGUGAGAGUAUAUAUAAAAAUUAAGUGGUAGGCCAGAGAAAGAGAAGUGUGUGUCAGGUCAAGUGAUACUUUUGAGCUUACAAAUAAUUCAUAGGCCAAACAGUGAAUGUUUUUCAGUUAAGGUAGUUAAAUAGCACCUGUGGGUUUCAAGAAUUGAAUUCAAAGUUAUGUUUUCUAAUGAAGAAACUUAGGUACAAAUUAUGUUCUUGUCUAAGGCAGUGUCUGAAAGAUAGAGGGAUGAUCAUUCAGCUCAUCCAGCAUUGUCUCAACCAAGGACCAUUGUGUACUGGUUGCAUUCACCUAUGGUUUUGCUAGUUGUGUUUACUGUUUAGAUAGAAACCCAUGUAUUCAGUGCUUAAGGAUUUUGAAUUAUUUAAAAUA